CAAAUUUUUUGCACACAAUUACACAAUUGUCACACACCACUGAACUAUUAUCAUUAUCACUAUGUAUUAUUACUCAUAUUGAUAUUGAUUGUUAUUAUUCUAAUAUAAUAUGGGGUUGUUUUGUUCAAGACUUUGACAGUUAUUUUAAUAGUAAUAUAAAAGUUAGAAAUACUGAAGAAUAAUUUGUUAUAAAAAAUUUAAUCAAUCCACUUAAUGUUCUAAAAAUUAAUUGAAAACCGAGCAAAAAUGCCAAGUACGUAUCUUUAUGCAAUAAAUAAUGAGGGACGAGUGUUUGGAUUAUCAACUUCUGGCCAAAUGUGGCGAGAAUUUACAUAUCUUGGUUUAGAAUUUAAAAGUCUGUCAGCAGUUCCACAUUUUAUGUGGGCGAUUGGUGGAGAUCGUCAAGUUUACGUGCAUGUUCAUGGCUUAGAUAUUCCAAUUAGAAUAAAAGAAGAAACUUAUGAGAAUGAGCGAUGGCUGCCACUGGAAGGUUUCAGCGGGCGUUUGUUGCCAACAGAUAGAUACAAUUUUUCAAAUGCCGAUGGAUCGGUUGACAGAUCUCGAGAUAAAGUAAAACUUCCAUCAAUGGCAUGGCAAUGGGAAGGAGAUUGGCACAUUGAAACCACGUUAGACGGUCAGCCUUUAGAUCACGACGGCUGGACGUAUGCCGUUGAUUUUCCAGCGAGCUAUUCAACAAAGAAGCAAUGGAAAUCUUGCGUGAGAAGACGGAAAUGGGUGAGAUAUCGGCGGUACAGUGCCAUGAAUUCCUGGUGUGCUAUAGCACCACUCCACAAAGACCCUACAAAAGAACCCUUUAUUGACGUGGCUGUCGGCGGCACCCAAAUACCAGGUGGUAGUCUGGGAAGUCUGAUAGUUUGGGCGGUUACAGCUCAUGGAAGAGUUAUGUUUCGCGUUGGAGUCAGUUCAACGUCUCCUGAAGGACAGCGUUGGAGUGUAAUUAAAUUGUCUAGCGGUCAAGAAGUGUCUCAAGUCAGUGUUGGAGUAACAGGAUUAGGUUGGGCUGUACUUACUGACGGGAAAGCUUUAGUGAGAACUGGUGUUACACGAGAAAAUCCUAUGGGGGAAGAUUGGAGCCUGGUAGAGCCACCGCAAAAGGAUCUACGAUUGACACAAGUCAGUGUAGGCUGUGAUGCUGUCUGGGCUGUUACACAUGAUGGAAGUGUGUGGUUUAGAAAAGGUAUUAAAGGCGAUAUGGCUGGGAUGUGCGAACAAUUAGCUACAGGCACUGGAUGGGUUGAAAUGGGCAGCAAAAUGGCUUUAGUUUCAGUCUCUUCUAAUGACCAGCAACGUCAUCAAAGUUGGAGCUCAUUAAACAGGCCUCAGAGCACAGGAGAAGGCACUGCUCUUAUUCGUGACUGGGAAGAACAAUCCCGAUCCGCACCAACUCCUACGUCUUUAAAAUUGUGGCAAAAAAAUGAAGCUAACGGCUCCAACGGAGGAAUUUCUCAGCAAACUUCUUUCCAAGAAAUGUUCAAUGCUGACGAAAAAAAUCGGUCCGCUAGUUCUGUUAGUUCUGAGAUGGAUUCCGCUGCCAAUAUUACAAUUUCUAAUGAGUCUCUGUCGCACAGCGGAGAAUCAACUGUUGUUUCGGGAAAAGGAAUGAGCAGUACAGUAAAAGUUAACCCAGCUGCCUGGAGUCCAGUACACUCUGUUGGAUCUAUGGUAGGCGUUGAAGCACAUCCUGAAACAGAUGGUAGUGUUUUUGACCCUGAUUGGACUGGCGAGUCUGGAGUUUAUGGAGAAGACGAAAGUACUGCUGCUGUUUAUUGGGCUGAAUGCGAUGUUCUGUGGUGCAAAGUUGAAGCUGGCGCUUGUUUUAUUGAUCCUAUUAAUCCACCUAAAUGGAUUGCUGACAAUUAUGCUUCUAAUCAUGGAGAAACAGCUGAACCCUGGCGGAUUCACAUUCUUGAAGAAUUAAAAAACAGAAUGAAAGACAUUAAUUUUGAUAUUUCAUCUUGUGAAAAAGCAAUUGAAAGAUCGUCCUGGGUAAAAAACGGAGAUGCCAAAUGUAAAUUAAAAGGAAGUAACACUUACGAAGACUGUGUCAUAGAAUUAGAGUGGAUAAGCAGCGACGGUGGUUCCUUAGACUGUGGCACCCUAACAGUAUUAAACGCCGACGGGGCAACGACAGUGAUGCAAUUUCCAGUAACCGAAAUAGUAUGCGUAGUCUGUUGCAGCGAGCCCUCUUGCCCCCGCUUAGCCAUUCACACGCCUCGACUGCCCAAAUCAAAAGUAUUAAGACUCAAAUUUUCAAGUGACACCGAGCUAGAAGACUGGAUGGGACACAUAACAUCAGUGACAUGUAAAACCAACAAUGUUUACGGGCGACCGGGUCCCAAAUCAAUCUGGUCCACCACAGCUCUGGGCGAUGUUUUCGUCUACGACCCCGUAAUCGCCGAAGCGAAUCAACUGGUUGAUGAAACCUACACUCAAGAGCUAGAUGUCUCCGGCAAAGAGUUGCCAUUUGAAAGCAUCCUACACAACGGAUUCAGUCCCGGUCAUUCAUUGCACAUUUCCGUUUGUGUUCAUGACGAUGCUGAUAGACUAGCUUUUAAUUUAGUCUGCCAUAUGACAACAGCAAUGAAGCACAAACCUUCAAAUGAUUCUCAUGAUAUAGCGUUUCACUUUAACCCAAGAUUAAAAGAAAAUUUAAUAAUAAGAAACACGUACCAAAACGGCCAGUGGGAUGAUGAAGAAAGAGCAGGAGGCAGUCCUUUAAAACCAGGGACUGAUUUUUCAUUAAAAAUAAUUUGCGAGCCCAGAGGAUACCGUAUGUUUAUCGACGACAAGGAGUUUACUUUUUUUUGCCACCGAAUUCCACCGGAGAAUAUCACUCACUUAAGAAUAAAAGGACUUAUUACGCUCCACUCGGUGCUGUAUAAAUCACCCUGGGUGAUAAUAGAGCCUACGACGAUGUUCUGGAGACAAAUGGGCGGACAUUUGAAGAAAGUCGAGACUUGCAGUGCUGGAAUUACCUGGGGAAUUGGCUAUGACAACACAGCUUGGGUUUAUACUGGUGGUUGGGGUGGAAGCUUCCUCAAAGGACUGGGUACUAGCAACGCGGACAUAAAUUCAAUGAGUGAUACUCAUAAUUAUUAUGUGUAUGAAAACCAACGGUGGAACCCAGUGACUGGGUACACUUCUCACGGCUUGCCAACUGACCGGUACAUGUGGAGCGAUGUUACAGGUCGUCACAAAAGGACUAGAGAACAUACUAAAGUACUGUCGAUGCACUGGAGAUGGGUGUCCGACUGGAUAAUAGACUUCCACACACCUGGAGGAGUAGAUCGUGACGGCUGGCAGUACGCUACAGACUUCCCGUCGCAGUACCAUGGAAAAAAAAAUUUUACUGACUAUGUUAGGCGACGAAGGUGGUUCAGAAGGUGUCUGUUGACCACCAGUGGACCUUGGAAGGAGCUUGGGAACACUAAGAUAAUAGAUGUUUCGUUGUACUCGGUGGAUAAUGGGCCGGAUGCUCCUGUUGAGGUCUGGGCAGUUGCUGCUAAUGGUGAGGCUCUUUAUCGGAGAGGAGUUUCUGAGUCCUGUCCUAUGGGAGUCUCUUGGGAGCACAUUCCCAGUGAUCAGGCUUUGAUUGGAAUUUCAUGCGGGCCGAUCGGUCAAGUAUGGGCUGUGGGGAAAAAUGGAUCUUCGUAUUGGAGAUUUGGGAUCACGAAUUCUAAACCUAUUGGGGAGGUGUGGACUAAUGUGGAACCACCGUCUGGGGCUCAGUUGAAGCAGAUUUCUGUGGGGAAAAAUGUCGUUUGGGCUUUGGAUACUUCAGGAAGGCUUUCAGUGCGUAGAGAAAUUCAACCUAAGGUUUUUCCGGAAGGAACUCACUGGCAGACGUUGCCUGCUAUGCCCAAUGAUCCAAUUCAUAUUGAUCUAAGUGUUGUCACUGCUAAACAGGGCUUUCGGCAUGUAUCUGUUUGUAGAGAGUCGGGACAAGUCUGGGCUGUUUCAGGAGCUGGGAUUGUUUGUCGGAGGAUUGGAGUUACUAAUGAUAAUCCUGCGGGAACUGGAUGGGUUACUGGCAUUGGGGCUAACUGGCAGCACAUAAGUCUCGGUGGUUUUCCUGGUGGUAAGAAAUUAUAAAUCUUUACUUUACAGUAUUUUAUUUAAAAAAAAAAAAACAACGAGUCUGAGGUAUAAUAAUCGUUUACACAAUUGGUUUAAAAAAAUUUUAGGCCUACCCUAGGUACUAGUCAUAUUUAAGUUUUAUUUUAAAACUAUAAUAAUUACUUAUUUGCCAUUAAAAUUAAUUUAUUACAACUCAUUAGGAGUAAAAAUAAUUAUAUCGCUAAUUUUUAUCUCAUACAUUCCUUAUAUAAAAGGCUUACAAUUUUUUUUUGUAAAAUAAGUCAUUUUAAUUAUUACUAUUAUCACUAUUAAUUUUAUUAUUGAUAAAAAUUUAUGUUUCAAUGGAUUAUUUUUAUACUGUCACUGCUAAAAUAAAACCAAUUAUAAAUAU